AUGUCCCAUGCUCAAAAAAACAAGGGACACAAGAAUGUGAUGAGAAGGAUGUGCCCGAAUUUCGAUCGGGAAGACUUCCUGGAGACGGUGCUUGAGGUGCCGAUCCCUGAGGAAAUGUUUGCCGGCCUCGGCAACAGUGUGGCGCUGAGGUGGCAGAACAUGGCGACGUGGAUGAAGGCCCAGACACCCGACAAGUGGUCGUCCCCUAUCAUCGCAGCACGCUACAAUGAGAUGAGCUUCCUUCUCUACAUUGUCGGCUCCCCUCUCAUACCCUUCCAGGUCGAGGUCGGCCACUCCAUCCACCGUGCCAUCAAGCAUUCCUCUAUUGAAGCCUCGACCGCUAAGUACAUUGUUCAACAGUACAUAGCGGCCACAGGCGGGCAGCCGGCCCUCAACGCCGUGAACAGCAUGUGCGUGAUGGGUCAGGUCAAAAUCAGCGCUUCCGAAUUUCACCAGGGCAACGAAAACGUCAAGGUCAGAAGCAGCGAAGAAUCCGGCGGGUUCGUUUUGUGGCAAAAGAAUCCCGACAAGUGGUGCCUCGAGCUUCUCAUCUCCGGCUGCAAAGUCAUCUCAGGCAGCAACGGUAAAACAUCAUGGAGACAAUCAUCCAAUCAACAGAGACCGAUCUCCAUGGGCCAACCGAGACCUCUACGCCGCUUCUUACAAGGGCUCGACCCGCGGGCCACGGCUAACCUCUUCAUAGACGCUGUUUGUAUAGGAGAGAAAAUCAUAAACGACGAGGACUGUUUUAUACUUAAGUUGGACGCGAGCCAGUCGAGCUUGGAGGCACAGAGCGGGUCGAAAUACGAGAUCAUCCACCACACGGUGUGGGGUUACUUCAGCCAGAGAUCGGGAUUGCUCGUCAAAUUCGAGGACUCGAGGCUGCUGUCGGUGAAGACGAGCAAAGAGGAUGGGGAUGUGUUCUGGGAGACGAGCACUGAGUCGGUGAUCGAGGACUAUAAGUAUGUGGACGGCGUGAAUAUUGCGCACAGUGGGAAGACGUUCUUCACGGUUUUCCGAUACGGGGAGCAGUCGGCAAACCACAAACGGGAGCUCGAGGAGUCGUGGAAGUUGGAGGAGGUCGAUUUUAACGUGUCGGGUCUCAAGACCGAGUUUUUUAUGCCGCCCACCGAGUUUAAAGAGGCCAAUGGAAGGAAGUGA